AUGACCCAUGCUAGCGAUCUAACAUAUCUGACACGUGCGGUUUUCACUGCAUGGACUUUCCUCUGGUUUUUGUAUCGCGUCUGGAGCAUGAAUCAAUUCGAAGCAUUGAGAUGGAAUCGAAUAAAAAAGCUUGAAUUGAAAUCCUCAAUUACCAUCCUCCUUUGUGUGAUGUGCCCCCUGCUGCUUACCUAUGACGUGGCUGUCACCUACAUAAAAUACACUGAGGGCUUCUUGAUGAUACCCAUAAAUGGUGAAAUCAUCACCAAACCACAAGAUUAUUGGAGCGAUAUUCAUAAACAGAUGGCGAUACCGCUGGAUUAUGUGUUCUGCGCGAGUUUCAGCGUACAAACGUGUUUAUUGUUCUUGCUUCAAUCGUUUUGGAAUUAUCUCGCAAAUAACAUUGCCAAGACAACUUUCAUGGGUAGCUUUGAAUUCAAAUCCUACAUAGUCUACUCAAUAUUCAGCUUUCUUCUCUUUCCACUGUUGCAAUGGAUCUUUCGCGAGAAUGAGAUAUACACCGAGGCUAUACCGCAACUUGCGUACGGGGCUAUCAUGUUCGUUAUUGCUCUCUUGGGUUUAAGAUCGAAUCGAAGGUUCUCCCGAUUGCUAAGGUCCUCAAAAAAUUCAAACACUUCGCAGGUUAAUAUUGUAGCCAAAUUGGAGUAUUUUAAGGAAAUGAAUCAAUAUUUAACAUGCAGUCUCUUCAUUGGUUCAUCUUCCGUGGUCGCAUUAAGCGUUGACGCGCUGACGCCUGCCAGAUUCCUUAACACUCACAAAUUCACCAUCGACCUUUUAAUAUGUCACGCCAAUUUCACCAUCUGGGUUGUAUUCGUCACUUUAAUUCUCAUUUUUUAUCCUUCUACAAACUCCCUUUCCGAUCUGAUCACGGGCAAAGGCUUGGCGUCUACGGUUAUUGUGAAAUCUACGAAAAGCAACCCGGAAGCUCCAGGCGGAAAACGAUGGUCAAAAUACAUUCCAGUGAGUGAGAAUAGUCCAUGGUCAUCGCAAGUUUCCACGAGAAAUGAUCGUGCUAGUUGGUACCUGGAUAUACCCGACGACAUGAAUGGUUAUCCUCCUACUUCAACAAAUGGAAAGAACCAUAAUUCCAGUGUAUACCGGAGUAACGGUGAUUCGGUAACAAUAGACAUAUUUCCUUCUCAAUCCACAUCGUCUCAUGGGAUCCGUUCCCCACGUGGCGCCCUUGGAGAUGCACCGUCGUCAUUUUACUUCGCGUCCAAUGCUCUAUUGCCCAGCCCCACCUACCCGCCAACGACUAUGAACUCGGGUUCAGUUUUGAAGUAUCCUUCGUCGCCAGUGAAAAAUCGAAACAGUUUGACUUCAUUAUCCUCUUUGCCACCAAUUUCUCCACCGCCUACCAUUUCGCCACCACCAAUUCCAAUAACUGGAUCUUUAGCUUCUUCCACAAGACAAUCAUUGGGUCCGGAUGCAUUUCCUAGUUCUUCGACGAUGGCUUCAGCGAAAACCACGAGAAAACUCACCCUGAAAAAUGUUGCUAGUACUCCGGUGAUUAGAGUAACUGAUUCGACGACUUCCUUGAGAUCAAAGGCGUUAUCACAGAAAAUUGAUGACGGUUCCCCGAUGAAAUCGAAAGCAUUACAAGAAAACAAUGAUGUGAACAACACGGUGGUGAAUGAGAAUUCAACGAUCAACAAAAUUACAAAAUUAGAUACCAGGGUAGUGGCGCCUUUCAUGUUCCAGGAAAAGCCUCCCCCAAGGGUGAUCACCAAUGCUCUAACAAAUGGUAAGAUCGAUGGCGACGUGGAAAAUAAGGCAAUAUUUGGCGUUGGUGAUUUGAAUGUUGAGCCAAAGAAAAAAGUAGAAGAAAAUGAAGGUGUAACGGAGUCUGAUGAAACAAAGGAUUUAGAAAACCCUCAACAAAAGCCGUUCCAAGCUUCGGAGGAAAGCGAGGAUGAUCGCAAUGAAAAACAGAUUUUGGACCCAUCAUCACCCGAAGACUCGCAAGAGGAGAUUCAAAGUGAUGAUUCAAGUAGUAUCAAUCAAGAAUCUUUUGUUCUAGAGAAAUCGCUAAUACAAUCUUCGCCUUCAGAAGAAGAGAAAUCCAAUGAUGUGAAUAUUCUUUCGACAUCAGUUUCGUCCGUAAAAUCUACUUCACGAUCUGAAACACCGGAGUCCACGACUCAAUCAUUCGCAACCACAACCAAAUCGUCCAAGCAAGCUGAAUCUCAAAAACCCAAGUCACCUUCACGCACCAACGCUGCCACAAAACAUCCUUCAGCUGCAACGCCACUUAAGUCAGCGCUAAAGUCUACCACAUCCUCUUCGUCAUCACCAAAAUCACAUGCCAGCAAAUCUCGAAGAUCGACCGCAUCGUCGAUUUCUUCGAAGAAUAGUUCCAGAACCCCGUCGCCAGUAUCAUCAGUCUCUUCAUCACGUUCCACAACGCCAGUCAAUAAUAAUAAACAGGAGACAACAUCCAAUAAAUCAUCACGCGCUCAAAACGCGUCCAAUAAUAACAAGACUAGGGCGAGUUUAUCUGGAAAUGGGGUGGGGACUGCGAGCGGUAUGAGAAGCAAGAUAAGGAAUAAUAGCAGCAGGUCCGAAAUUGUUGCUGCUGACGCCAGCGAUGUCGACAGUAAAGGUGUAAAGAAAAAGUCCUCGAGCGUUUUGAGAAGUAGUGCUAAACAAGUGGAUUCCAAAGAUGACAAAAAACGUGACGAUGUGAAUGACAAACCAUUUGUGCGAGAGAGAUCCGACAGCGGAUUUCAUGGUGAUGAUUUUGAUUUAGUGGUGCCUAGUGCAAGCAGCUAUUUAGAAAUCGUAAAGAAGACGGAUUCAAAGAUUGAGAAUAUAACAAACCACAAGGGUAAAAAGAGCACCAGCUUAGAAAGUGAGAAAGCUACUGGAUCAAAAAAGGUUGAAAAGAUUACCACCAGUUCGAAGGGCGAGAAAAUUGCCGCUUCAAAAGGUGAAAAGGUUGGCGGAAAGAUUUCAAAGGAUGCUGAUGUAAAGAGUAAUAAAACCAAACGUAGCAGCAUAAAAGAGGUGAAAAAGAUCAUGGGAAGAAUAAAAUCGAAUAGUUCUCUGAGCAGUUCAAGUAGCGAGAGUAGUAGAAGUAGUUCAAAGGAGAAGAAAGUUAGAAUAUUGGGAACAUCAUAG